AUGAAUGUCAAAAGAAUAGCCAUUAUUGGAGCAGGACCCGCUGGUGCAGCAGGCCUAGAUUCUUUUCUCUCCCAUGGAUUUACAGAUAUCCGAGUUUUCGAGAGAAGGCCUUUGCCAGGUGGGACCUGGGUCGGCGACACUGAACUUGGAUUCGCAUCAAAUACUGGCAAUACAGUACCCCCAAUAGAUGACGAAGUAGGCGAUGUUCCGGUUGAAAUACCACCCGAAGCAGCCAGUGCUACAGAAGAAAGCCCGUAUGUUAGAAAGGCGACAAUUAAAGCUCGGAGGUUUGACGAGCCAACAUUAUAUUCUCAGCUUGAAACUAAUAUCCUUCCUGAAUUGAUGUCCUUUAAAAGAAGAAGCAUGCCAAAAAACUUACUAUCUAAUUCGGUAUCAAAAUACGAAAAUGAAGAUGUCUUCAGAUCAUACAAGACUAUUCAGGAAUAUGUGGGCGAAUUUUUCACUGGCGAAAAUGAAAAAUAUGUAUCUUACAAUACAAGCGUAGAACAAGCUGAGCAGCCAGAUGGACCGGGAACUAAGUGGGUGCUAACGCUUAAACGACAAAAUGGCCAGAAUAAUAACGAAGAAUGGUGGACGGAAGAGUUCGACGGUGUUUAUGCGGCCUCUGGUCGGUACAAUGUACCUAGAGUUUCUCACAUAAAUGGCCUAGACGAAGUCGCAAAAGCUGUACCCCAGGGAGUCAUUGAGCAUACUAAAUGGUUUCGAGGUGCUGAAAGCUACAAGGGAAAAAAGGUUUUAAUUGUCGGAGCCUCGGUUAGUACUACUGAUAUUAUCCAGCUUGUUAAAGAGACAGCUCAGCUUCCGCUGUAUCUAUCCGUUCGUCAUGUAGCCCCAGCGUAUAGAGCUGGAUUCGAACAACCUUUUGUGGAUGGCCGGGGAUCUAUUACAAGCGUUUCCCUCAAUGAAAGCGGAAAGUCCAUAGAUGUCAUCUUUGAAGACGGUUCUACAGUCACUAAUAUUGAGAAGCUUGUGCUAGCCACUGGUUACAACUUUUCAUAUCCUUAUCUCGAAAAAUAUACUCAGAAAUUUGGAGGCAUUGUCCGUAAUAAUGUACUGCACAAUGUGUUCUUGACUACUUGGUGGUCGGAAGACCCAACUUUAGUACUCCCAGGAGUUUUCACCGAAGGCAUUAACUUUCGGUGCAUGGAAACACAGGCCAUGGCGACAGCAGCAUUAUGGUCAGGCUUCCCUGGAUCUGGAUUUCCAUCUAAAGAAAUAUGUGUUCAAUGGGAAGCAGACCGAAGAAAAUUCAAGACACCAGCUCAGUGGCAUUUUUGGUUCCCUCAUUUUGAUAAUAUUAUAGAGGCUAUUGCCAAAGUAGGAGGUGGGUAUAAAGCACUCUGUGAAUUUGCCGGCAUAACUAGUAGUGAUCUUAAAACCUUCGUUCCUGUUUACGAGAAAGGCAUUGCAUUCAAAUGUUUGUUUUUCACCAAGGUCGCCAAUGAAUACAUGCUGAAACACCCUAAAACUCUCCAGCAAUACAACCAGACAGUGGCCCUGUUAAAAACUAAAACCGUCGAACCAGACCCAACUGCGGCCGAAGCUGAUCACGAACUAUUCAAGAGACUCUUUGUCAACUGGUCAGGUGGUCGUGGAGAGCCGAAAAUCCCCUCUAAGAUCCAAACUACCGAAUUGUCAGAGAAAACUCCAGUGGUAACUGAAGUCGCUGUUAAAUAA